AUCUUUGAAGGGGGGGAGGGACCAGGAGGGAGGGAGGGAGCCUGUGGGAGGCAGGCCCUUUUAAAGGCAGCCACCUCCCCUCUGGGCCUGGGGCUCCGAUCCUCAGCUUACUUGCCCGGAGGGUUUCAAGCGGGUGCUUUGACCUGCAGAAUCAGCCAGACUGGCUCAGAGCUUUUUGGGAUUUGUGAGCAGAACUUGGAGGGUGGCCAGGCAAGGCUGGCGAGAGCCUUCCUGGAGUGGCCAGACCCCGAGCUGAUGGCCCGCCAUGUCGGCCACUAACAACAUCGCUCAGGCCCGGAAGCUGGUGGAGCAGCUCAGGAUCGAGGCCGGGAUCGAGAGGAUAAAGGUCUCGAAGGCCUCCUCGGAGCUCAUGAAUUACUGCGAGCAGCAGGCCAGGAACGACCCUCUGCUGGUGGGGGUCCCGGCCUCCGAGAACCCCUUCAAGGACAAAAAACCAUGCACCAUCCUAUAGCCCGGCUCUCCGCCACCGCGACUACGUCUCUCUGUUUCUCUCUCUCUCUCUCUCUGUUGUGUCUCUCAGGUGGGGGGGCCUGGCCUGUGUCCAGUCCCCCCGUUGAGCCACGCCAACCUUAAAGCCAGGGAGACAGAGGGCUGGCGAGGAGGGCCAGGGGCCGUGGGUCUCGGCCGGACUCCGGCUUGCAACCACUCCCUCAGCCCGCUCAACGCAGGACCCAUGACGCCACAGCUGGGUUGAAUGGAGGCCGGAGGCAAGAGGUGGGGGGGUGUUUUAUCUUGCUUACUGUCCCCAUGGUAGUCCCGUAGAAGGUGACUGUGGGGUUGGAAGCAAUAGCCUCCUUGGUUUUUUUUGGGGGGGGACUUCUACAGGCCCUUCCCGGAGAAGAGGAGAGGGGCGAGGGUACGGCUCCUGAGGGGGGCAGAGAGACUCAAAUACCGUGUCUCCAUGGGGAACGUUGCUCACGACAGACCCCCGCUCUGCCACCACUGUGCUUUUUUUCCGGCUGCUGGCCAGGGUCCCCCGGGGGGGGAGGAAACAAAAAAGCAGGAAGUUGGCUGCACAAGUCUCGAGGUGUAAAGUCAAGCCAAUGAGCAGACCGGCUGGUCCUCGUGGGCAAUGUGGCCGUGAGCACCCCUCUUAACAGCCCCCAAAUGGCAGGCAGGGGCCUCAUCCUUCCAGCCCCAGAGGUCUCGGGCCAGCGGAUAGCUUGCGAUCUCGCUAGGAGCCAUAGCUCUCUGACAUUGGUGGCCCGACGCAAGCCACGCCCUGGGAUGCCCGGGCUGGGCUGGGCUGGGCACCGGAUGCAGAACCUGCCCCUCUGGGCCGCAGGCGCGGCUUGCUUCUGCCAAUGGUGCUCCAAAAGCCACAUGCAGCAAAGUGCAUUCCCUCCGCUACCCGCCUGACCACUUUGCUAGCAGGAGGCAAGUCCUCUGAGACCUCCCCAUGCACACAUACGUUGUAUUUCUGGCAAACCUGCCAGCCCCCCGUCUCCUCACGUCCCCGAAAGAAGUCCGGGGAUCCUGCAGAGAGUCUCCCGGGGCCAUCCCGGUCUCCUUCCAUUCCCCUCCCAGAAAUGGGUGGCUGUCGCUUGUCGGCAAGGUUUUGGGGGUCUCCCUCCGCAAAGCCGCCGUUCCCCAAAAAGCAAAGGAAGGGAAGGACCCACGGGCCAGCCAAGAUGUGGCCCCUCUGCUUGCUUCUGACAGCAACCCCCCACCCCUGGGGUCUCCCUCGGUCUUUGGCUUCCAGGGACCCAAGAUGGCUCUCCGCUCGGUCCUGAAGUUUUUCUUCCUCCUGGAGCUGAUCAACGGCCGCCUCCAGGAGAAAAGGGCCAGGGACCACCCCUAUCAUCGCCGCCGCCGCCACUGGCUCCGGGAAUCCCCUUUCUUGGACCUGGUCAAUCUGGCUCCCUUCCCCCACACACAUACACACCCCACAGGGGCCAAAAUCUCUGUGCCUCUCUGUUUGCCAAAACCUGUCUCAUCUUUUUAUGUUGUUGUUGUUUUAACAAACUCCAGUCACUGCUGGGUGUCUUGUGCUUUUUGCCUUCCUCUCCUCGUCCUCCCCUCUCUUUUUCUCUCCCUCUCACAUCGACUCCUCUUCUUUGCCAAAUUCUGAUCCUCUUGCCAAAAGCCGGUCGAGGCUUGUAAAGACUGUAUUUUAGGAAAGCAAACAUUAGUGUCUGUAAUGUAAAAGCUUGAACCAUCAUCUCUCUCUCUCUCCUUUUUAAUUUCUUUCUUAUUCCUUUUCUGUAUUUCUCGCAUUCCUUUUCUCUCUCUCUCUCUCUCUUUCUUCCAGUGUGCCAUAUAGACUGAUUUUCUUGCACAGUGUUUAAUAUUUGGUGGAACCGCUGUUCAAAAAUAAUGAUAACAAUAUGUGAAUUCAUAACAUGAUGAAUAAAAAAAGGUCACUUUU